AUGUAUUCUAGGUCUGUAUGCCGCGUAUGCCUGAGCCUCCGCCUUGUUUGUUCAUGUGUCAGUCAGUCCAUGGCUUCCAUAGGUACAAAUGGCCAGAACUGUGGCAGCUUGUCUUGGCACCUGGCAUCCCUCCAUCCCAUCCCAUCUCACCUCCAGACAUCGCUACCCCACACCACACCCUCCCACUCAUACUCACUCACUCACCCACUCACCUACUUCUGCGUCAUCUCCCCAUCCACCCCCAACCUGCUACAUCGCACUUCACCAUUGCUUCUCCCUGUGCGACCCCUCGUCACCAUGCCGCCUGCCCCCCCACAACCCCUCCAUCAGGCUCUCUUGCUUCUGCCGCCCGCCCCAUCUCCCCCGGUCUUUGCAUCAUUGAACGCCGCAUAUGGACCGACUCUGCGCACUGUCCUGAGCCAACUGGCAAGAGCUCCUGAGAGAGCCCAAGAGCGCGCAAUCCUGGACAUUGCUCUGCCUUGCCCUCACCUCUACGGCCAGAUCAAUGCCCCGCGCGGUCCCCUUUAUGCAGACACCCAGAACCUGGUGGCUGGCCUGUACAAGCUCAUUUGUGUCAUCGCCGCUCAGAACGCCAUCGACACUGAAGAUGCCGAGGGAGUCGAUGCCCGCAUCCUCCUGCUGGCCUACCCGCGAGACGGAAAACUGGACCAAGCAUCUGAGACGGCGCGACCCGAACAGGAAUCCCUGGGCCCCGUUGUCGAGUUGCACACGCUCGCGACAUGCGACAGGCCCUGGAGCACGGUGUUUGCGGUCCAGAGUGAAGAAGGGGAGGCGCUAGCUCGCAAUUUCCAGUCCUUGUCCCCAAAGAGCAAAAACGUGCAGAAGGUGCGAGGUGGCAUUGUUUCGGUUGACGGUUCCACCCCAGCCACGCAGCCUGCAGCACAUGUGAGACACGCAAUCAGCCAUCACUCGGUGGCGGUGGGUGGCACGUUUGACCAUCUGCACAUGGGCCACAAGCUGCUGCUAACCAUGUUUGCCUUUGUUGUAGUUCGGCAGGACUCACCAAGCUCGCUCACGGUGGGUAUCACGGGCGACGCGUUGUUGAGGAACAAAAAGUAUGUAGAGUUUGUGGAGAGCUGGGAGGAGCGACAGCGCAACACGCACGACUUCUUGUCGGGCAUCCUCAGAUUUGGGCCUGCCCAAGAUGGGAGAAUCCGCACGGAAGCGUUGGAUGAGCCAGGGCCCAACGGGCGCGCUGUUCACGUUACAUACCCGUCGGGUCUGACGAUCAAAUACGUCGAGAUACAAGAUCCGUUCGGGCCGACCAUCACGGACGAGUCCAUCUCGGCGCUGGUGAUUUCGCUGGAGACGCGGAGCGGAGGCAAAGCAGUCAACGACAAGCGGGCAGAGAAGGGAUGGUCGGGGCUGGAGGUGUUUGAGGUGGAUGUGCUGGACGCGGAGGAGGAGGGCAGCAAGCAGGUCGAGGAUGACUUCCAGGGCAAGUUGAGCAGCACCGAGAUACGGAAGCGACGAAGCGAACGGCGGGCGGGAAGAGGUGGUACAGAUGCAUGA